AUGUCUACAAAAUCAAUGAAAAAAUCGAAUUUACCACCAAUAAAUCUAAUAUUUAAAUUUUUACAACAACAAUCAUUAGUUUCAAUAUGGUUAUAUGAACAAACGGAUUCAAGAAUACAAGGUAAAAUUCAAGGAUUUGAUGAAUUUAUGAAUUUAGUGAUUGAUGAAGCUGAAGAAAUAACGAAUGGUAAAAAAACAUCUUUAGGUAAAUUAUUAUUAAAAGGUGAUACAAUAACUUUAAUAUCAAGUUUAGAUGUAUAA